AUGUCCAGCGGUAACAAGGUACUCAUUAUAAAUGGGCAUACAUUCAGAAGAGAAGUCAGUGUGAAUGGUGCUACAAGCAGGUGGUGCUGUAACGAGCCCAACGAUAAAAAAUGCGACGUAUACGCACAUAUAAAUGAAAAAUUUGAAUUAGUGUGCUUAAUAAAUGCGCAUAAUCACGAGCCAACUUUGUGUCAAGAAAGGUGUUAUGAUACAGCACCAGUAUACUUAGAGUAUGAUCAUGGUGUAAUCCUGUUCAUGGAAUCGCAAAGCGGGAGGACAAUUAUGCAAUAUGAUAAUUACUACUAUCGCAAGGCUUCUGAAAGUCGCCAUGGCGAAAGAUGGAUUUGUGCAUCAACUAAACAAUGUGCAGCAUAUGUUACUCUUAAUGACAAUAAUGAAAUCUUAACCAACUCCGUUUAUCAUGAUCAUCCUCCAACCAGGCACGAACUGAAAAACGAAACAGAUGAUUCCGAUACAGCUGUUGUUAUAACAUCCAGAAAGGGUAAAGAAAUGCUGUUGUUCCGUAAUUACACCUACCGGAGGCAAUAUGUGAAAGGAAAUAAGUCUCGGUGGGUUUGUUCAACUCUUAAAAACUGUCAUGCAGCAGUUUUCACAGAUUCAAAUAAUGUUAUAUUUUCAAUACAAGACAAGCACGAGCACGAUCCUCCUAAAUAUUACCUGAACCCGAAUCAUGUAUUAGAGGCUUUGCGGGAACCACUAGUGUGCUUCGAGUCUGAUUAA